GCUAGGCGCUGCCGCGGGCGAUGGUGAGCCAGCACACACGCUGGCGCCGGCAUUCGUUCGCUUCUGCACUGUGAACGCUGCUCAUCCAUCACUGGCUGAUUAUCCGCAAGCGUAGGUCACACCUGCUGCGGGAGAGCAGCACUCUCUGCAGCACUCGACAGCAACACCAUGGACGCCGAGGCGCCCACGGUGCCCGAGCCGUCGCCGGCGCGCCAGCAGAUUCAGGAAUUGCGACGCGAGAUGGAGGACAUGGACGUCGACGAAGGCUUCAAAGACGAGGACGGAGAAAUGCUCGUGGAAGUCGAAGAUGAUGGCGGGCUGGCCGAGUCGGAUGAAGAAGAACUACCCACGCAUGAAGACGACGCAGCCCUCAAAUUCGACAAGCACGAGGACGCCGUGUAUUGUGUCGCAGUAUCCAAGGCAGGCGCCAUCUUGAGCGGUGGCGGCGACGACCGGGCGUGGCUCCAGCCCGCGCCCAUGGGCUCGCGAGGAGCCAUAUGCCUGGAAGGUCAUAAUGACUCCGUGACGGCCUGCGGGUUUAGUCACCAAGAUUCGAUGUGUGCGACCGGGGCUUACGACGGUUCUGUCAAACUAUGGGACGCGGCGUCGGGACGGCUCCUACGGACGCUGGAGGGCCCCGGCGACGUCGAGUGGCUCGCGUGGCACCCGAAGGGCGACGUCGUACUUUGUGGGGCUUGUGACGGCACUUUAUGGAUGUGGCUCGCGACGUCCGGGGCCUGCAUGCGCGUCUUCGCGGGCCACGACGGGGCGGUCUUGUGUGGGGGCUUUACGUGUGAUGGCAAAAAAAUAGUUUCGGGUUCGGCGGAUGGAUCUUUGAGAGUUUGGAACCCUCGCAAGGGCCAAUGUGCCCACGCGUUCCUACCGCACAAAGGUGCGUCCACGGACGCCGUCGUCAUGACCCAGGGCGCCGUGUCGUGCAUCGCCUUCCACCCGUCGGACCCUGACUUAGUCUUGGGAGGUGCGGAGGACGGCUGCGCGGCUCUCGUCCAUUGCUCCUCCAAAAAAUUAAUAUGUAGACUGGAGCACGCGCCGACGUAUGACGAGGACGAGGAAGCCGGCGCGGCCGUCGUGAGCGUGGCCUUCGCGGAGUCCGGCUGGUGUUCGACCGGUGGAGCCGACGGCACCAUCAAGGUCUGGGACAUCUCGGGAAGCGCGCGCCUGCGGUGCUCCUUGGGCGCGGGCGGCGCGGUCGUGGCCAUGGCGUGGCGGCCUAGCUCAUUAGUAGUGGUGGCCUGUAGCGCGGACGGGUGCAUUCAUGCGUGGGAUGCGCGCGACGGUAGUUCGUUGUUACAAUUGCGGGGCCAUAGUGACGCGCCGCUUUGUUUAGCUACGGCGUGGGCGCAGGAUGCGAUCGUGACGGCCGGCGACGACCGCACGGUGCGCGUGUUUCGGGUUCCCUCUGCGGAAUUACCUCGGCCGCCGCCUGGGUCUGCGCCGGCGCCGGCUCCUGCGCCGAGGCCUCCUGUACCUUAAGGCUCUGGUAUAUUUUCUGAA